CUUUUGAAAUUGUUCUACGAAAAAUGUAAAAUGUGGAUAUACUAUACUUGCUAUAUAUAUUCAUGGAAGUCUUCUUGAACGAUUCUGUUCCUUUCUCUUACUUGUACUCUUUCAUUAUUUCUACUGAUUUUGGAACUAAGGGGAGAAAUUAUUACUUGUGUGGCCAAUGCAUAUAUGAUGGGUGAUGAUUAAAAUUCUCAGUGGAUGAGUUUCUGCGGUUCCAUCAAGUAAAUUAAUUCAUCUAACAAAAAUUAAAUACUGGCAAGCCAUCAAAAGUCUAGGCUUCUUGGAAGACCUUACUUAGAGAUGAUUGGGAAUUUUAAGCUGUUUUCUGCGACAUAAUUAGGGUUAGUUGAGCAAGAGAAUACGUUACAAUAACAUCUGCUGAUGUAGAUGUAUUUCCCAUGCUGCUUUGAUCAAUGAAACGUCUGGGGCCUAGAAAAUCCAAAGCCCAUUCCGGAAAAUGGAAACUAAAAGGGCAAGAAUCGGAUUCUGGUUCACCCGCGACUUACUUUUGGUGCUUAGCCGACUUUGUCUUUCUAUUGAGAAUCCUGAGUUCUAGAGCCCUUACAAGUGUUUCUGAGUGGCAGAGAGUUUUGUGGACAAAUGUUCGGGCUGGAGGGAAACAAGGGCUAUGGAUCUCUAUUUCGGGUUGAGAUUUACUAAGACAUAGUUUCUUAUGUGUGAUUGAACAGGAGCAAAUGAGGGAUCAAAGUGCACUUCAGUCACUGUAGUUCCCAAGGUGAAACACCCCGUCACCAUCAAUGACUUUUGACCAACUUCUUGUUGCAAUGUUUUGUGUAAUCAUAAAAUCAUUACCAAGAGACUGAGUACAAUCAUUGAAGACCUUACUGAUAGAAGUUGAUAACAUAUGUAACAUUUGUACCAUGAAGGUUGCUAUCUGAUAACAUUGUCCUUAGCCAUGGACUUGUUAAGGGGUACAAUAUGAGGGGGAUUUCUCCAAGGUGUAUGCUGAAGAGAGACUCCCAGAAGGCCUAUGACUCGGUAAGUACUAAGUCGGUAGUAAGAAUUUAUUUGGAGGCUGGUGCAAACUCUGGCCAGUCUUCAUUUCCUAGAUCUAAUUGUUGAAUGGAUCAUGACAUGCCUCACUACUGUGACCUACUCUACUGCACUCGAUAGUUUUCCAACUCCUCCCUUCGCUAUUAAGAGAUGUUUGAGGCAAGCAUACCCCAUUCCGUUUUCCUACUUUUUAUUUUUAUGGAUUAAUUUAAUAGACUGUUGAAGACUCUUCACACUGAUAAAAAAAUUCAUUUUCACCCAAGAUGAGGAUCAUACAACUAAGCUUUGCUGCUGACCUGUUUUCAUAUAGCAGGGUGAUGCGCAAUCUGUCCAUGUUUAUUCCAGUGUUUCUCACAAUUUUCCCAAGCUUCUGGUCUUCAUGCUAAUCUGCACAAGUGUUCCAUUUACUUUGGAGGGGUAAACCAAGCUAUACAAACUCAGAUACUAUGCUAUAUUGGUAUUCCUAAAGGGGAGUGACUUUAAGCACCAAAAGGCUUUUUGUCAUUCAGUGCCACCCUUAUUGACAAAAUGCUUGGGAAGACAACAUCUUGGACUUUCAGAUUCUUAUAAUAUGCAGGCAUACUACAACUACUUAAACGGCUAGCUAAUGUGUGUCGCCUGUCUGAUCACAUUUUCUUCUGUUUUUCUUCCUUCCCAAGCUAUACAAACUCCUCUGUCCAACAUUGGUGCUCAUCUUCCUGUUCAAACAUCGUUCAUCUCUCUAGAAGCUGUUAUGGUGCACUUUCUCUUCGCUGACCAGCAAUGUACUUGCUACCCCCCAAAUCCUUUGAUCUUAAUUUAUUAAAACCUAAGGUUUGAUCCCCUACGGGUUGUUAUUCAGGAAGUUGUUAGAGUAAUGAAAGGAAUUUGGAAAUUCUUUUACUAGAGCCAACAAUGUUUGAGUCCCUACUCUAGAAGUUCUUUUUCGGACAUGGAGGGGAUUCAGGUUAGAAUAUGUUUCUCUCUCAGCGCAUUUUAGCUAGGAUUUUGUAACGUGCACUGACUGAGGAAUCACCGUGACUUUGAUCCAAAUUUCCUGGAAGGGAGCUACAACAAUGCUGUAAUUGGUCACUCCAGAGGAUUGGCUGAGCUGUAAACUACACCGCUCACCUUUGGUAGCUUCAUUCCAUCUCAACUUCAAUCGAUUAUGGAAGGGAACAAAGACCCCCAUUCUUAUUCAGAUUCGCAGAAGUAUCUAUAUCUUAAAACGUUUGGUGAGCCUACUUCUCGGUCACAGCCAAUGGUUCGACGACUUCAUUUCUCGGAGGCAGGCACCUCUGCUUGGUCAACUCCGGUGGAGAAGUCUGAUUCCAGGGAGAAUCGAAUUGAACAGAAAGGCACUACAUUCUGGGAAAGCAGUGAGGGCAUACAGAUGGAGUACAUCGCUGUAUUUUUGGCUGUAUUAUUUCCAGGCGCUCUACUGGCAUUCAAUCAUGAGUUAUUGCAGGCAUUGUCCAAAGUUUCUGCUCUUCGAAUAUACUGUGCUGGCAUUUGGCAUAAUGCAGUUCUUUGUGCUGUUUGUGCCUGGGCAUUGUUCCUUCAACCCUUUAUCUUGUAUCCAUUUUACAUUCACGAUGAAGGCCCCAUGGUACUGGAGGUGUCUCCAACAUCGCCGUUGGCUGGCCAUUUGUCUCCUGGUGAUGUCAUUAUAUCAUUGGAUGAUUUCCACAUCAAUAAUGCUCAGGAGUGGUCACAAAUUAUUGACGUAUUAACUGAACACUCUUAUCAAACCUUCCAGAAUAACAGCCUUCUUGAGAACUCUAUGAAAAGUAGUAGUGGUAAAGGAUACUGUAUUCCCUAUUCUUUGGUUGAAGAAGGCAAACGUGUUUCAUUGGAAGGCAACAGAACUUGUCCUGAUGAACUAAGUGCAUUUAUAACCAUUCCAUGCUCGGACCAGGCCAUGGUUGAUGAUGACAAUCUUGAGGUUAACCAUCAAAGGGAUGGAGGUGUAUUCCAUUGCUUUUAUGAUAAGGAUGUCUUGAAGCUUGAGAAAUGCGGUGAUGGUUGGGGCAGACUUCCCAGCAAUAGGAGCAGCUGCUUCUGUUCCAAGGAGGCAACAUGCUUUCUUCCACUUUUGUCAACUGGUGUAGCAUGGGUGGAGAUCACAUAUUCAAGCUCUUCUCCCCCACAGUGCUUGCAUCUUGGAAGAACACGUGUAAUCGAAGAUAACAAUUCCAAGGAGAAUCCGUGUGUUAAGACCUUUGUUUUUGUGGGUGAUGCAAUUUCAAUAAAGCAUUCAGUUCUCUUGACUUCAUAUCAACCUCGUUGGUCUGCUAAAUUUGGUGCACAUCUUCCUUAUGUACUGGAAAGGCUUUUGAUGUUCACCUUUCACGUCUCUAUGACACUUGCACUUCUCAACAGCCUGCCGGUUUAUUUUCUCGAUGGUGAGGCUAUCUCAGAGGUGGUUUCACACUACUUCAGGAUCCUAAGUCCCAGGAGGAGGAGAACCAUUCUACAGUAUUUCCUAUUUGGUGGAACAGUUGCAUCUAUUAUUAUGUUCGUCCGGAUUUUCCUUGUUUUAUUCUGAGGUAAAAAUUUGUCAUACCGUGCUUAUUAUAAAGGUGAAGCUUACAGACAUAUUUUCCCUCUCCGCAGGUUUGGAUAUAUUAUGUCUUCAUUUAUGUUUUGAUUUUUUUGUGCCCCCUCCGACUCUCCGUCCACAAACGAGCAAGGAAACUCCAGUUUUCUCAUCAAUGAGUCAAUUUUGGUGCUAUAGAAAAUGUUUAAUAUCCUCAAACUUGUUCUAGAAAUUUCCCUGUUUUUUUUACUUGUGUUGGCGGCGUUGACCUUUUAUUCAGUGGCACAAAAUUUGGUAGACUAGCAACCUUAUCUUAUGAGUACAAGUUUUAAAUUUUUCUUUUUGAAUUGUUCUCAACUAUACUGUUAAAGCAAAUCACAUCUUCAUUUAAUGCUGUUAAAUUCUGUUAUAUGGUGGUGUAACAUGAUGACAUUAUUGCUGAAAUGAAGUUCAGACAAUAUGGACUGUUAAUUGGCAACUGUUGUAGGUAAGUUGCUCUUUGAAGAGGGGCGGUUUGAUAAAACUCGUUAAUGGUGCAAUUGUUUCUGAUGUCAUGAAAUGGCAAAAGUCAAGCCCUUCACAAAAAAAAAAA